CCGGGGCAGCUAGCUCCGCUGUGGCUCCACUCCCACUGCAGACUGACCUCCGCUCCCAACAUGGCUGGUGUUCGAGCCUUUGGUAUUCUCUCAAGAUUUUCGGCAAGGCGAUAUGCUCUAAUGUCAGGCAGUACUUUUCGAACCUUCUCAGUAGCUCCUGCCGUGCUCGCUCGAACCCAUGUGAAUUAUGAAGUCAAGGGUGAUGUUGCUGUUGUACGAAUUAAUGACCCAAACUCCAAGGUGAACACGCUGUCCAUUCAAAUGCAAAAGGAGAUGACAGAAGUAAUGAAUGAAGUGUGGGCCAACAAUGCCGUCAAAAGUGCUGUCCUCAUCUCCUCAAAGCCAGGAUGUUUUAUUGCAGGAGCUGAUAUUAAUAUGAUCCAGGCCUGCGACAGUGUGGAAGAAGUUAGUAAACUUUCUCAGGAGGGUCAGAAGAUGUUCGAGCAGAUUGAAAACUCUCCAAAGCCCAUUGUUGCUGCCAUCAAUGGUUCUUGUUUAGGAGGCGGCUUAGAGUUUGCCAUUGCCUGCCAGUACAGAAUUGCAACAAAAAGCAAGAAAACAAUCUUGGGUACUCCUGAAGUAAUGCUCGGUCUUUUACCUGGAGCCGGUGGAACACAGAGACUACCAAAAAUGGUUGGUCUUCCCAGUGCCUUUGACAUGAUGCUAACAGGACGAAACAUAAGAGCAGAUAAAGCCAAGAAGAUGGGGCUCGUCCACCAACUUGUAGACCCUCUUGGGCCGGGACUGAAGAGUCCAGAGGAAAGAACUAUUGAAUACCUGGAAGAAGUUGCUGUUGAAUGUGCCAGAGGCAUCGCCAGCAAGAAAAUCCCUCUUCACAAAGAGAAAAACAUGAUGCAAAAAAUUCAAGACUACGUGAUGAGCUUCGAGUUCGUACGGAAUCAAAUUUACAAAACAGUCCAUGGUAAAGUCAUGAAACAGAGCAAAGGGCUUUACCCAGCGCCACUAAAAAUCAUUGAAUGUGUGAAGACAGGAAUCGAACAGGGUCCUGCUGCAGGAUACUUGGCGGAGUCUCAGAAUUUCGGCGAGCUGGCGAAGACGUCAGAAUCAGCAGCCCUGAUUGGUCUGUAUCACGGUCAAGUGGCGUGCAAGAAAAAUCGCUUUGGGACUCCUGAGAGAGAAGUAAAAACUCUGGCCAUCUUGGGAGCAGGUCUGAUGGGAGCAGGUAUCGCCCAGGUGACCGUGGACAAAGGUGUGCACACAAUCCUGAAGGACACCACAGUGGAGGGGCUGGCCAGAGGAGAGCAGCAGGUUUAUAAAGGGCUUAAUGACAAGACCAAGAAGAGGAGCAUCACUUCGUUCGAGAGAGACUCCAUCCUGUCCAACCUGACCGGCCAGCUGGAUUACCGGGGCUUCGAAAAGGCUGACAUGGUCAUUGAAGCAGUGUUUGAAGACAUCAACAUCAAGCAUGCUGUGCUGAAGCAGGUGGAAGCUGUGGUGCCCCCUCACUGCAUAUUUGCGAGCAACACAUCCGCUCUGCCCAUCAAGGACAUCGCUGCUGCCAGCAAAAGACCAGACAAGGUGAUUGGGAUGCACUACUUCUCUCCAGUGGACAAGAUGCAGCUUCUGGAGAUUAUAACCACAGAUAAGACGUCUAAGGACACGACAGCCUCGGCGGUGGAAGUCGGCUUAAAGCAGGGCAAAGUCAUUAUAGUUGUCGGGGAUGGACCUGGCUUCUACACAACAAGGUGUUUGGCUCCCAUGUUGGCUGAAGCUGUGCGAGUACUGCAGGAAGGUGUUGACCCCAAGAAGCUGGAUGCCCUCACGACAAGCUUUGGGUUCCCAGUGGGUGCUGCCACGCUGGCUGAUGAGGUCGGCAUUGAUGUGGCAGCGCACGUAGCUGAAGACCUGGGCAAAGCUUUUGGCUCUCGCUUUGGUGGUGGAGAUGUGGGGGUUCUAAAAACCAUGGUGGACCUGGGAUUUAAAGGACGCAAAUCAGGAAAAGGUUGCUACAUCUACCAACCAGGAAGCAAAGUCAAAGAAGUCAACCCAGAGAUUGGAGACAUUCUUGAUAAAUUUAGGAUUACACCAAAUCCUGCUGUCUCGUCAGACUCUGACGUGCAGUUCAGGCUUGUGUCACGAUUUGUCAACGAGGCCUUGCUGUGUUUGCAAGAAAGCAUCCUGAACGGCCCGUUGGAAGGAGACAUCGGGGCUGUGUUUGGGCUCGGCUUCCCCCCCUUCCUUGGAGGACCUUUCCGAUUUGUGGACACCUUCGGCGCGGACAAGCUGGUCGAGAAGAUGAGGCAGUUUGAAGCCGUCUAUGGGAACCAGUUCACGCCGUGCCAGCUCCUCCUGGAUCACGCAAAAGAUUCCAGCAAGAAAUUUCACAAGUGACCGACUGUCCUCGUGCGCAGGAGCUCAGAAUCAACUCGCUGCCACUAGAACGUGCCUAACAGACAAACCGACAGUUUAUUGGGUACACCCAACUCAGGGCGGCGCCUGCAGUAAUUCUGAACCAAAGUGUUGCUCCUGAUCCGGUUCGUGGCAGCUUUGAUCGUUUUGCUGCUACUGAGUCCAUGACUGAUUUAAAAAAAGGAGGCCCCUGUGAGAAAGUGGAUGCUGACGUGUAUUUCAGCCAGGUGUACCCAAUAAACUGGUUGUAAAAGCAGAAGGUGAAUUUACUAUUUUUUUUACUUCAAUAUUAACUUGAAGGGGCAGUGGGAGGUUAAUGAUCGAAACGUUUCAUCUAUAAAAGAUUUGUGGAGAAGUAGUGGCCUCUUCCAGCUGAAUUCUCACUGAUGAAUGUUAGAAGGUACCGUAUGUGGUUCAUUACGUGUCUUUUUGUACAUUAAAGGCGUCGUUGCUAGGUAUGGACAAUUGUGUAAAUGUUUAACUUCAAUAAAAAAUGUUAGAGGAA